AAAAGAAAGAGAAAGAAGAAAAGAAAAAGAGAAAGAAAAGAAAAGACUCUAAAAGAGUGCAUUAGUCACCCUCCAGAGCUCAACAAAGUUCUCCCAUCCUUGGCUGACAUUAAGGCAAUAACCAGACCUUCAAAACAUGCUGAUCUUCCUGUUGAUGUCUUGUUACUGACAGUGAAGAAUUGUGAAUUUUUAGCUUGUUACAGUGAGCUAAAAAAACCCUACAGAUGUUGGUUUGAUGGUCUUGGCUACGUUUACUUUUCUGAUGUGGAUGGAAGUCAAGAUAAAGUUAAAGUUGCAUUAUUUAAAUGUUAUGAGAAGAGUAGUUGUCCUGGUGGUUCUCUCGUCUCUGUUAAGAAUGCUGCCACUCUGCUUAGGCCUAAAGCAGUCAUAUCUGUUGGUGCAUGUAGUGGUCUUCACCCUGAAAAAUCUAACUUAGGAGAUGUUGUUGUUUCUGCCAAGUUAACAACAUACGCUUCCAAAGAGGUGAUCAAUAAUCAAGAACAGUCAACUGGCAUGAGGAGUUAUGUGAGCAAAUGCUUCCUGGAUGUCAUUAAGAAUUGUGCUGAUGGCUGGAAAGCACCAUUGAAGAACCUGGCUGAUGCUCAACAAGUUCAAGUUUAUACUUCUGCUGAGUUUCUGAGUGGACCAGAACAAGUCAUUUCGGAACAGCGACAUGAUCAACUUGCUGAAACAAAUCCUCAGGCAAUAGCAAUGGAAAAUGAAGGAGAAGGUGAGUACCUUGACUGAUUUUUUGCAGCCAGUCUUUAUUAGAAGGUGCACACAGCCAGGUCAAGCUUUGCUUGAGGUGGAGAGAGACACAGUCGCAUGCAUCAUACUUGUACUAGGAAAGCAAAAAUUUUGUUUCCUUUAAAGCAUCAAAAGGUCGGGAGUUUGGCACUUAAAAUCAUGUCUGUCAGUUCAUUGGGAAAUCCUUUCGUUUUUGCUAGAGAAAUAAUUGUCAUAUUGCCUAAAACAUUAUGCGGCUAAAUCAAAUUGAGGCUAAGUUUAACUCUAGACAUUGCUGACUAGUUAAGUUGGUCUUUCAAAUGAGAAGGCUCCUCAGGGACCGUGGGGAAUUCAGAGCUUCUCUGUUGAGGUCAUACCAUUGCAUUCACAUAGCUUAUUAACGUUGCUUGUACUCGUCAAUUGUUCUGCUCCUUACCCUGCCUUCCCUUUGGUAAGCACAGUGGAACCCCAUUAAUACUAUCACUAAUGGGUCAAAACAACUUGGCUACGUCAACGGGGUGGCUGUAUUGCAAGGCCAGGGUCAAACUUCAUGACUUGAGGACUGUAAUGACAAGCACAUCGUACAUCGCUGUCGCACUUCUUGUACAACUCUGUUCUCUUAAAUAAAUAACAGGAAUGUAGAUAUCACAUACCGUAGUUGUAAAAACUACUUGAAACUCUGUCAGGACAUAAAACAGCUUUUAAAAAUCAGCUAUUAGACCACCAAAAAAUACAAUGUAAGUGACUAUAGUUUAAAAACAGUAGAAAAACAAGCUCAGCUUAAUUACUAGGUCAAUUAAAUUGACAUGUCACAGGCAUUUCAAUUUUCAAAAUUUCUGACAAUUUGCCGUUUUAGAGGGGUGAAAUAUUUUAUUGUAAGAGAUGUCACUGUUUGGGAUUUUAAAAUAUGGCCAUUGGCCACAUCAACGGGUGACUGUGUUAACAAUGUUUUUUCAUUAGAAAAUGUAUGGCCAUUUUGCCAGGCCAAAAAUAACAAGGUGACUGUAUUACUAAGCUGGCCAUAAGGCGGGGUUCCACUUAAUAAAAUCUCCACUGGUUAGCUGUGAGAUGGUGCCUGAAUUAUUGCCACUCCAAGGGUUGUCAUGGUUAUAAGCAGCUGCACUCGACUGCAGUUUCCUGGCUCUACAAGCCUUGCAAGCACCUCCACCCACACUCAUCUUUGUUGAUAAAUUUAAAUUACACUACAAUGAAACUUAUACAAAAAUGGCUGCCAACAUCUCCCACUGUCUGGUCAAGUUUCUUAUUUUGCUGAUGAAGACACUUAAAUGAAACAGGACUUCUCUCAAAACUCAUGUAAAGUUUGUUUUGUUGUUCUACAGGCGUAUUUACAGCAGCAUUUGAUUGUCAAAUUGAGUGGUUAAUUGUGAAAGGAAUAGCUGACUAUGCAGAUGGUUCUCAGUUAGCUUCAGAGAGUUGGUCUUCCUGUGCCAGUGUGAUGGCAGCAUCUCUUGUUGCACACAUGUUGAAUGAACCCUGUGUUUUCCAUUCAUGGCCUCAUUAUCAAGGUAAUCAUGCAAUCAUAAAGUGCUGCCACAUCUUGGCAUCUCAUUUAUUGAAUCCACUGCUGGGUUCGUUCCAUAGUGCAGUCACAGAUAAGCUACUUGGUACAUGCUCUGGGGUGCAUGCCAUCCCAAAUUCAGCUAUCCAACACUCACCACUUGUUCAAGUUGUUUAGUUGAGAUUCAAAUAGUAUAGUGAAUGUGAUACAUUUCUGUAAAAUAACAAGAAGCAUUAGAAGUGUGCAUCUUUUUAUUUAGGAACCAGUACAAUUUGAGAUAAUUUGCAAUAUUUAGAAGCUAUCAUGAUAGUCCGCAUUACACCGUAAAUCGUCUAUUUAGCCCCCCUCUUCUCAAAUAACCCCCUCCCUCUUAUACCCCCCUCCCCUCCCCUAAUUAUUCUUAACUAAUAAUUGAUAGACUGUAUUAAUCAAUGACGACUGUGAAACUUCGUGAGGAAUGAUCCAGGAUGGUUUCAUACUAGCCUGAGUAUCAGGCGUUUCUGGGGGAAAAGGGAAAAGAUGGAAGCGAAAAAGGGAGAGAGCUAAAGGAGAAAAACGCCUGACACAGAUGCUUUUACUGGAGCCUUCCACCCCCACACAGCAUGAUUGGAUACCAACCAAUCAAAAUCACAUCCGGUCAUUGGGUUGUCAGCUUCACGUGUCAAAAAGCUCGCCUAAAAUAAAUCUCACCUUACGGUCUGGCCGAGCUCUGGUGCCUGUGUUGCUACGAUUUCGCUUUUUCUGAAACCUCCAAUGAGGAGUUUUCGAAUACUUGUAAUGGAAAACGUGCAGUUUUUGAAAAUGUUUUAUAACUUGUUUUAGGAAUUGUGCUAAUGUAAGAUCGCCAACGCUCUGUUUGUAAAUAAACGUGUGCCCGGAAAACUGUAAACUGCUUUUGUUUACAGAGUUACAACAGCGGCGCUCAUUAAUAAGCAGGUUCCUGAGAAUCUGACAGCUAAAAAGCUGCUGUAGAUCAGGCCGAAAAUCGUCCGAGGGAAAAUCUAAAGUCAAGCUAAAGCCUUGGUGCUGUUGGCUAUUCUCAAUACAUGGCUACCUCGCUCUAAUUUUAUUUACAGUAACGAUACCCUUUUAGCGGCGGGAUGUUGUAAAUCAAUAGAUUCUGGAUGCGUCACACGAUUUGCUGAAUGGUUUUGUGUCAGGCCUUCCUUUCUCUUCUCCCCCUCCCCCCCCCCCCCUCAAAAAUCUCCUCUCCCCCAUCCCCUUAGGAAGGCCUGAUACUCAGGCUAGUUUCAUACCAACUGGAAGUUUGGAUUUGAUUCUGAUCCUCCGUGCAUGACCUUAAACUUUCUAGUACCUGAGCUUUUCCGCUUUGUUUUGUGGUUCUCUAUGGAGAGCUGAUACCAUCGUCUUUUCUAAAUUAAAUGAGCCCCCCAUCUCAAAUAAGGAGGAUUUACGGUAAUGAUAUUUUGACAUUUGACAUGCAUAUUUUAGACAGUGGUGAAAAUAUUAUUAUUAUUAUCGUUUUAUUCGUCAUCAGUGGAUCAAUAAAAUAUCAAUUUUGUUAUCAAACUAAUGAAUGUUUUUCCUUCAGGACCGCAACCACAAGGGUUAAUCACCCACUAUGAUGAGAAUCACACUACACCACCAUCUACCGCUUCAUUCAGCCUCGAACCCCCGUCAAAACCGCAACGGCAAAAAUACAAUGACAAUCCAACGAAAAAGCAACCAUCAACCGCUUCAUCCAGCAACGCUUCACUUGAUUCUUCAAUCAACCGCACUCAAACAAACGGAGAAACCUUAGUCGCUCCUUUCAUCGAACGUAUGAAGAAACAUGUCCGAGAUGUCACUGACAAACCUUACGGAGACCUCAAAUCACCUUUUUAUAAUCCAGGCGAAGGACCUAGAAGAGAUCUAAAGCUUGACGAAAUCUUCACUAAUUUGAUUAUUUAUGAAGGGAGAGCUAAGUAUGACUUUUCAGGAGACAGAAUCGAACAGCUAAACGAGUACCACAAAGCCAAUGAAAAUUUACGACCAACACUGCCAGGAGAUAUUUUUGAUGAUUUAGAGAGACAGAUUCUUGUUGUUGGUCGUCCUGGAAUUGGAAAAACCAUGUUUAGCAUAAAGAUUCUUCGCAACUGGGCCUGUGAUAACUUAUUGAACGGAUCACAAAGAUUACAAAUAGAGAGACAAACAGAUUUUGAAGCUUUUCCUUUUCUGAAUAAUGAUAUCCAGGACUUCUAUAACGAAAUGCAAAUAUCGCAAAAGGAUUUUAAAGUUGCCUUUCUCAUCAAGCUGAGGACAUUUAACUCUACCAACCAAAAACUAAGUCUUCGCGAGCUUCUGGAUCACUCAGAAUAUUCAGCAGCUCUUCCCAAAGAGGUCUGGAACUACAUUCGUCACAACCCAGAGCGAGUACUGUUGAUUUUUGAUGGAUUUGACGAAUAUACUGGUAGGACUAAAAUAAAUGAAGAUGACAUUCCGUACAGAAACAGUGAAGAGGAAAGGAUGCCUGUUUAUUUCCUUAUGAAGAAAAUAGUAGAGGGAAAAAUUCUUACCGGUGCGACAAUCCUAACGACUACAAGACCCAAUGCCGUAUCAUGUAUCAGAAGUCUUGACUUUGACAAAACGGUUGAAAUUCUGGGAUUCUCAACUGAGCAAGUAAAAGAGUAUGUACAGAAGUUUACAAAGGAGGAGGACAAAGCGGAAACCAUAAAGCAACACAUCACCAGUAACUUAAACCUUGUAGCCUUCUGCUACGUUCCUGUGAAUUGUUUCAUCAUUUGUUCGUGCUUGUUAGAGCUGCUUGGCAACACUACUGGCUUUACUAGCCUCCCGACAAGACUGACAGAAAUAUACUCAAUUGCAAUAAAGAUGUUUUACUUAAGUUACGAGGAAUAUCGCUACCAGAAAGCCAAAGGUCAACAGUUUUUUCUGAAGUCGUUUAAGCAACUUCCUGUUCCUGUGCAAAGCAAAUUCACUAGCCUUGGAAAAAUUGCUUUUGAUGGAAUUACCAAAGGAAGACUUAUUUUUGAAUCAGUUGAAAUUAGCAACCUAGAGAGUAAUGGCCUGUUUCACCGUUUACCUGACACUAGAGACCAUCCUUUAGCAGAGAGAAGAGAACAAUAUUGUUUUUUACACCUGACCAUACAGGAGUUCUUGGCGGCGAAGUAUUUGGUAGACACGUUAAGUUCCGAACAACUGCGGGAUUUUGUUGCCGCUCACAUCGAGGAUGGCGCGUGGAAGGUUGUGAUGCAGUUUGUGGCUGGACUGCUGGCUGAAAAAGAUGAACAAUCGACAGAUAUUUUCAGCGACCUUCUUCCCUUAAAAACGGAUACUAAAGAAGUUGAAAUCAAGUUGAGUGAAGACUCAGACGAACGAAUUGAAACACUGACCCGUUGGCCAGCUGAUGAAGACAAGGCUUUAGUGGUGACGCUAUUCAAUUGCAUGUAUGAGAACAAUGCCUCUGAUCGAGAAGUUCAAAAGAAACUGACGAAAAUUGGUUGUAAUGCGCUCGAUUUUAAUAAUUGUAACCUGUCACCUCUUGACUGUUUAGCAUUAGUUCAUGCACUUAAAUCUGUUAAAGGAAUGUUGGAUUUUCAUUUAAGCUUCAACAGCCUUCAGUCGCUAGGAUGUAUUGAGAUUGCGAAGUUGCUGCGUGGCAACGAACACAGUCAGGGUCUCUGCAAACUAAACAGCUUAAACCUCAUGUGGAACCAGAUAACUGAUGAAGGUGUUGAACAUUUAUCUACAGCACUCACACACACUAACUGCAAACUAAAGAGAUUAUACCUCAUGAAUAACAACAUAACUAAUGACGGUGUGAAACAUCUAUCUACAGCACUCACACACACUAACUGCAAACUAAACAACUUAUACCUCACGAAUAACAACAUAACUGAUGAAGGUGUUGAACAAUUAUCUACAGCACUCACACACACUAACUGCAAACUAAACAGCUUACACCUCGGGGGUAACAACAUAACUGAUGAAAGUGUUAAACAUUUAUUUACAGCACUCACACACACUAACUGCAAACUAAACAGCUUAUACCUCUUUAAUAAUAAAAUAACCCAGCAAGGUAAAAAACUCUUAAACUCAAAAAACAUAAACUGUGAAGUAGCUUUCUAA